CCAUUUCUCACAUUAUCGGGUUUUCUAACUGCAGACUGAAGUUUCGUCAUUAUUGCCGAAGCUCUACGGAUUCUCAUCAAACGACAAUGGCAGACCGACUCAAACUGUCAUCGGAAUCCUUGAUUCUCCUUCGCAAAAGGAUUUGCGAUCCCAAAUUUAUCUUCUCCUUCUUCUCCGAUUCCCCCGAAAGCAACUACAGUAAGUUGAAGUUCAUUAUAUCAAGCUCUGUUUCCGAGGCUUGCAACAACUCAGUUCUACUCCUUGGUCCUCGUGGAUGUGGACAAAAUGAGAUACUGGAGCUUGUUCUUGAAGACAUACUCAAAGAUUAUCCAGAAAUGAUAUCGGUGAUUAAACUCGAAGGGCUUUUACACAGUGAUGAUAAUAGUGCAAUCAAGGAAAUUGCUAAUCAACUUUGUUUGGACAAUGAGUUAAUAUUCUCAAAAAUGGCAUCGUUUGAUGAAAACUCGCAGUUCAUGAUAGCCAUGUUAAGGGAAUGCGGAUUGGCUCAUAGAACGCUCAUUUUUAUACUGGAUGAGUUUGACUUGUUUGCACAGGGUAAACAAAAGUUGCUUUAUAGCUUGCUGGACGCGUUGCAAUCUAUUUCAUCGCAAGCUGUAGUUAUUGGUCUAAGUUGCCGACUGGAUGCUGAUCAGCUCUUGGAGAAGAGAGUAAGAUCUCGUUUCUCACAUCGAAAGUUGUUGUUCGUUCCCCCCUCGAAAGAAGACUCUUUAAGAUUGGUGGAGCAUGUUCUUUUACUUCCAAAGGACUCAAGUCUGCCUUCCCGCUAUGUAGAACAAUUUAAUCUCAAGCUUCAUAAAAUAUUAGAUGAUGAUAAAUUCAAACAAAUAAUUAAUAACUUAACAAGUAUUGAUUCAAGUUUCAGUCAUCUACUAAGAUUCUUGUUUCUCGCAGUUUCUGCAAUGGAUAUGAAAUCUGGAUUUUUGUCACUUGAUAACUUCAAUUCGGCUCUUUUAAGUUCCAAAAGGCAGCCAAAGCAGGAAUAUCUUAAUGAUUGCUCGAUUCUUGAACUCUACAUUCUAGUGUGCAUGAAGAGAUUAGAAAUCAAAGAGCAAGAGUCAUACAACUUCAACUCUAUCAUGAAAGAGUACAAAGACAUACAGAAUUCUUUUCAGACAUCAGAUUCUUAUUCGAGGCACGUCUGCUUAAGGGCGUUUGAGCAUCUUUUAGAAUGCGAACUAAUCGCUUUUGCAGACAACAGAAUAACCAACAUGUCUAUUGAAUUUCGCCCCGUCAAACUUCUUAUCUUUUCCCACGAGCUCUAUGAUGGCCUCAAGUCAUAUCGCUCCUGUCCGGUAAUUCUUCAGAAGCUACUUGACCGUUAAGUUGAACAUAGUUUGGAUCAGAACAACUGCAAUGAAUUGUAAUAUUUUAAGGUAACAAAUGAAAUAUGUAGUGCAAAUGUCUUAAUGUAUUACAAAAGCAAAUUAUAAAAUACAUAUUUAUUAUUAUUAUUAU